AUGCCCUUAAUAACGUUGAUACCCACAUCGGUUUUAUGGGGCUAUUUUGCUUACAUAGCCAUUGACACUCUUCCUGGAAACCAGUUUUGGGAAAGAAUCUUAUUUAUUUUUGUUCCCCAUAGUCGAAUAUACAAGGUUCUUGAAAGGGUUCACGCUUCUUUUGUUGAAUCGGUGCCAUAUAGAACCAUUUUCAUGUUCACGAUCUUCCAAAUUGUCUAUUUCCUUACGUGUUUUGGUGUGACAUGGAUACCUAUCGUUGGCAUUCUCUUCCCUAUUCCAUUCUUCCUUCUCAUCACAAUACAACAACACACUCUACCAAAACUGUUUCACCCUUAUCAUUUGAGUGAACUGGAUGCAGCCAAGUAUGAGGAAAUCGUGAAUCUUAGGAACUCACAACAAAUUCAUGGACCAAUUCUUGUUGUUGUUCCUUUAUCAAAUUUGGCAAAUUUGGCUAAGAGUUCAGAAAGUGCCUUCCUGAUAUGA